ACAGAAGCGGGUUAUUUCUGACUUUAGCCAAGAUAAUUUAUUUCAAUAUAAAUGACCACGAGCGAUGAGAACAUUAAUUUACGUCCUUACAUCUAAUCACAUUUGGAUUCUUUGAAAACAGCUUUCGAAAGCACCACAUCUCAAAGCAGAAACAUCAAUCAAACUUUUUACUUAGAACAGGAGAAUGAAUUUGUCGAUGAGAACAUUUACACGCCUGUAUCUCGUCAUACUCGAACUGUUUGCUUCAAGACUGACUGCAGCUGAUGGGUGUGUGGAGGGACACAGGUUUGAACUGGAGUUCCGUAACGCUGUUCCUUCUGAAGUCGCGUCUUUAAAGAAAGUUGGCGUCACACAAGGCGACUGCGCGAUGUGGUGUUACAGACUGUACGCGGGGAAUUGUGGGGCGGUUUUCUUUCAAAAAGAGAACAGAUCGUGUUCCAUCUACAAUUCCUCGUUCCCCUGUCUGACGCUGCACGAUCUGUCUGGGACGCAGGGAUUCGUUUACGUCAAAAGCCCACCACAACCUAUCAAGAACUGUUUGGUGUGGCCAGCUACAGAAGGAAUCCACCCCCUGAAUAUCUCCGGCGAGGUUCCUACUCCCACUGGGUAUUACGACAGUGACGAGUGGUUGGAAACAGGUACAUCCACUUGCUGACCAGUCAGGAACGAUAUGAGAUACAGUUUGACAUUCAGGACGAGGAUGGGGCAACAGGAACGAGGCUCUAUGAGAGUUUCUCCAUCUCAGAUGGAGCGAACAUGUACAGACUGAAUAUCAGCGGACCAUCUGUGGGAAACAUAACCGAAGAGAUGAGUAGUCUUAACAAUAUGCAGUUCUCCACGCGGGACCACGACAUCGACAGCCACAAGACAGUGAACUGCGCCGUGGUGUUCGGCGGAGCAUGGUGGUAUCAAAUGUGCUCACGCGUGGCCCUCAACUCACGACUCACACCGACUAACAACCACAGCAGAUGGCAGCCAUUCUCAGUUAGAUUAACACGAACCGAAAUCAGAAUCAGACCAGCGAGUGGCUUUUGACUGUUUACAUUUAUAUAGCUAUUAACAACUGGUACCCUACUACCAGUCUACAAACACAAAAAACCCAUUCUUUUUCUCAUUUUUCUUUUUUACAAUGUUCUUUUAUUUGAUAGCGUCCUCUUUUAAAUAGGCUUUUGAUUCCUUUGCAGUCAGAAAAGAGGAUUGUGUUUAACUAGUUUGCACUGAGCUUUCAUUUUGUUCCGUCGUUACUGCGUCUGUAGUUUUACAUUUUACUUACAUGUUAAAUAUUUUAAUGGCUCUUUUCUAUCAUGAUAAAUAAAAAUCAUGUUAUAUAGUGCAUGUUGAAAAAAAAUGUAUUAAAUGGAAACAAUUCUCACCAAUAGUAUAGAUCGCUCAAUUGAUUUGUGUUAAUGAAUCGGAUUUUGGUUUUUAAUUUUCAACAUUAUUGCAGUUUACGACCAAAGGAGAAAAAAAGAAGAGAAAAUGUUUUUUUCCCCUUAUUACUAAAAGUCGAUUUAUAUACACUAAUAUACACUGGUGGCAAGGAAAAUGGGAACCCAUGCUAUCACCACCAAAGUAAUUACGCUUGUAUAAAAUACAGAGAUGUAAUGUGGAACUGAACGUCAGUACUGUGGGAUUAAAUGUGAGUAACACACUUAACUUCCUGAUGCUAUUGAUGAGGGUAGUAGUCAACAUUUGUUAUAAUAUACUGAGUCAUAUUAAAAACUUCACAACCGUUUCAUCUUGGCUAAUUAGCAAAUACGACAGAAGAACGUGUUAAAUAAGGUAUUUUUUGUAUUGUAUGACGUCCACAAAAAGAAUAAGAAUAAAUGUUGAGUCAAAAAUGUGUUCGAUGCGCCCACAACAUUCGUCAAAACCACAAACAGUCAAAAUGGUAAUUCACAAGCAGGGUCGUCUGAUGAAAUCACAGGUUUAGUAGCGCGUAUGCCAUCCAUUUGUACCCACAACGGCAAGGCAACGCCUCUUCAUCGACUGCCUGAUGCAUGUAAAGACUGCAUUAGGGAUACGGCGCUAUUGUUCCACUAAUGAGGCACCAAGUUCCUGCAAAGUCUGUGGAGGGUUCCUGAGAGUGCGCAGGCUUCUUCCCAGCACAUCCAAAACGUGCUCGAUGGGAUUCAGGUCGGGCGACAUUGAAGGCCAAUCCAUGACAUUGAUCCCCGCGUUCCUCAGGUAAUCCCUUGUCAAGGUGGCCAUGUGGGGUCUGGCGUUGUCAUGCUGAAAGAUCAGACCUGGACCAUGAGCUGCCAUGAAGGACACACGUUCCUGGGCCAGCACCUGGUGGCGGUAUGCAGCAGCGUUGAGGUUGCCACGGAUGACAAGAAGUCGAGAACGUCCAUUUCAACAGAAAGCACCCCAAACCAGUACACGUCCGCCUCCGAAUCUGUCAACAACACUGAGCAUGACGUUCACCACGUCGUCUCCAAACCCUAUGCCUGCCAUCGGUAAAUCGCUGUGUGAAUCUUGAUUCAUCGCUAAACACGACUCUAUUCCAUUCCCUCUCAGUCCAUCGCAAGUGGCAUUGUGUUCACAGUUGACGUUGACGUCGAUGAAAUUGGGUCGAAAUGGGUCCAAUAUAUGCGCGCCGUGCGUGGAGGUGAGCAUUUCGCAGCCGAUUUUGGAUCGUUUGUGGGGACACCCGACGUCUGAUAAGUUCAUUACUGGUUACUGUAGCUGUCAUGAAAUGGUUGCGGAGUUCACGUAACACAAUAUGACGGUCAUCUGCCUAUGACGUCACACGUGGUCUACCCGGUCUGGGGCGAUCAGCUGUGGUGCCCGUUUGUUGUACUCGUGUCCGCAGAUCAUAAAUUGUCCGUCGACUGCAACCCAAUGCUCUUGCAACGUCAGCUACUGACGUUCCCGCGUGCAACAUGCACCGGCAACGGCACGUUCACGCUGCACAUUUGUGAGGCGUGGCAUUGAAACAGGUCGUAAACAAAUAUCGUUUUAAUGUGUUUUUUCGUUGUGUCAGACUAAUGUGAGCAAGUGACGAUGAAAACACGUGGCUAUUAUAGUCACGUCACCAGUGGCACGUGCAAAACUACGUUUGCCUCAGUGGUGGUGUGCACAUGCUAUGGAUCGGGUCACGUGGGCUGUGAUGAGCUUCAAAUGGAGUGUAGACAUUUCCAUUACAAUAUUUAUUCCUGAAAAAAAUACCUGCUUUCAACACUCACUGACUUUAUUCAAAUUUUAGAUUGUGAAGUUUAUAAUCUGACUUCUGUAUAUUUAUCUUCAUCAGUGUAUAUAGUAUAUCCUUUUGCAAUAUAUGGUUUUAGAAAAUCUUGUUAGUGAGAAACUUUGGAGAAGGCAAAUUGGUCAGCCCUCGGACUCGCAUAGUUUGAUGUGAUGAAGUUAUUAUAAGUUUUAAUAACCACCUAACGAACUUUUUAAAACAUUUUCUUAUGAAAAUUUGUCGGAACAUUGAUUUUUUUCUUUCCAUGGUCCUUGGAACCCUAAUACCACUACUUGUUCGUUGAUCGUAGCCACCGAUUUAAUCAUUUCAUCUAUAUGCCAUCCUUAUUACACAAUAAAACUUGCUUAAGAUUG